AUGUACAGCCGUCACACAACACCGCCUUCUUCCUCCUCGUUCAACUACAUCCCGGGCAGUGUUGGCUCAGAUGUCACAUACUACUCACAAGCUUCAUCACCAGAUGUUCAUGCUGCUGGCCCCACGCCUCCUCGCUCUCCACUGAGAUCCUAUGGGCCCGUUCUCCUUCCAAAAGUUCGCAUCCAGGACCAGGUAGCCGAGCCCACUGGCGGCCCCAUCAGACAUCGCAGGACGACGUCUAGCUCCAGUGUCGGCUAUGCCUACAGCCCCUAUUCACGGCCGGCCUCGAUGGCCCGCCGUGGCUCAAGUCCUCUUAAUCACAACCUGCACAAUCUUCACAGCAACUUGACGUCGCCUGUGUCUAAUUCGUCGUCUUCGUACGACAUCAACCUCUCUACUCUAAACUCGCCCAUCACUUUUAGUCAGCCAGAGGCCCGGCGAUCCUCCUAUGUGGGUUCGCACUCUCGUUCGGCAUCUACGACUCGUCCUCGUCAUGACCGCUCUGUCUCGGCUGGCAGUGUCGAUGAGAACAUCAUUAAUCGCUAUGGCUUCCCUACCUACCGUAACCUCCCCAGUUACGUGACUGCUUCCAGUGCGCCCCAGUCAAACAUGGGUCUCAUCACUGCUCUUCCCUCUACGUAUUCCUCCGCCCAGGAUAUUCCCAGCUUCACUGCGAGUUGCACUCAAGACUUUACUGUCCCAGAGUUCGAGGCUGCGCCAGCUGUCCAGUAUCCAUUCUCUACCGACGUCAGCUUCGAUGCUUACCAGUCGAUCCCGCCUACCUCUUCCAUUAUGGAAUACCUCACAUCACCGAACCCCUCUCCAGCUCUCGUACGUCGUGUGACCAAUGCACCCCGUGGCAUCCACAACCACUUCUGCAUCCUAUCUCCCCCAGCCCUGCCGCCAAAACCUCCAACCUGA